GGCUGUAUGGGGAUGUUGACGCCACAGAUUCACACACCUGAGUUUUAGAUGUAAUUGUGGGUAGUAACAUACCAUUUCAAGUUGACUGAUUCAUUUCUGUGUUUCCAAAACAGUGGAUUAACAACUUGACCCGGAUUAGAAUAUAUUUAAUUUCUUGAUUUCUCGUUAACGUGAAAAUUGUGGUGUGGUUGUUUUCUUAUCAAAGGAUACAGUAGCUGUUCACAUUGUCCUACAAGUAGGAAAACUGCACUCUGUAUGUAAGGAAUUAAGUAACUAUUAACAUUGCCUGCACAGUAGUCACACGUGGAGUAGUGUAGUUUUAUAGUACUCGUUUAACACACAAUUAUCGUGUUUCAUUAAAACAGUUUCUAUUGCAAGGCAAAGACAAAGCACAGUCUAUAUUCUGCUCCAUUGCUCAUUGCCUCAACACGUGAAUACCAACUGUUAAUCCUACAUGCUGAAAAUCUAGCUUGUCAUCGCAUACCUGUGCACCGUACAUAUACGUGAAGCGUAAUUACGACGGACUUGACUGAGGACGAAUGAGCUCCGGGCGUCUGAUUUCCCCGUCCAAUUCCAGCCCCGGGCCAGAGCUGGGUUGUCAGCGGAUACCGAUUACAUCAAUAGAUUGUUUGGGAUAUUGAACGAACGUCAUGAUUCUGGGUCAAAUGGAAGCUUGACUAGACGACCACGUGACCGGAUUGGAAUUAAACUAAAAUGCGAUGAUGAGUAUUAUUCCAUUUUGAUGAUACAUCACCCAGACCAUGGACAUAGACGAAUUAGAUGAACUGGCUGACGUCAAUUCACAAGUCCACAGUAACUUCGUCUCAAGAUUUUCUCUCUACAAACAUCAUGGCGGAAAAUUGUCGCUCAUCAAUUCUAAUACGGAGUUAUCUCCCUCUACUUUGGGUAGACAAACAUCUCGUAGGUCUUCGUCUUUGUCCUCGUUGUCGACAGAUUCCGGUUUCCCCAUGUCGUGCGGGUCCCCUUCUCCAUCUACUGAUGUUUCCUAUUUGGAGGACAUUGACCGGAAGUCCCGACGAACGUCGAAUGUCGUGACGUCACCAACAUCACCAACAUCACCAAAGCGGGUCACAUCAUACAAAAGUCUUCCGUCGCCAACGCGCUUCAUAUCUGUCUUCACUCCAAAGUGUGACUUAAGUUCAGAUAAAAUCAAUGAUGAUCAACUUCUUUCAAACUCUCAAAAAACAAAAUCACUUUCGAUGUCAAACUUGGCACCAUCAAAAUUUGAGUUGCGUCCACAGGAAUUUGAUAGUCAACCUGACGUGUCUCAAACUUUCACUUAUGACAAUGACAUCGAACAAAAAACAAUUCCGUUAAAGAGCUCAAACGAAUCUGGUGCUAGCCGCAUUGGAAAAGAAAUACAUAUUACAUGUCCGGUAAAUACGACACAAAGAGAGAACCCUCGUGAUAAUAUGAAGUGUGGUGAGGCGAAACAGUGUGAUUCGGAAUACCCUCUCAAAACAUCGUCUCCUCGAGUAGUUCGAUUGACUCGGCCUAUUAAAUUUCCCGCGGAUAUUCGGAAACCCUUUACCCCCAAUAGUCAUGACGUGUCGAAUAUUUCCCAGCCAUGUAGCCAUGAUACUAACACCGCACAACUUAUUGCCAAGAAUGCGGUUGAUUUAAAUCAUGGCAAUUAUUCAGACAUUGACACUGUGAAAGUCAGUGCCCCCGAACAACAUAAUCCGCUCGGAUCUUCAAAACUUUUUAGCCGUGCAGACCAAACCAUUACUGACAACUCGGCACAUGAUGUAGGGUACAGUAUUUUAAAACCAGAAAGGGUCACAAGCGACCUUACUGGUCAUCGUGGAGUUCGACACAGGAGUACCGUUACCCCAACCGAGUGUCAUACAAAACUCCCAUUCACGAUCUCGAAAUUUGAGGACACUGCGAAAACUGUGAGGAAGAGAAUCCCCCCGGGGAUGGUUGCGGACAUGAGACAAAUGUUUUCGGUACCAAUUAGAAGGCGGCAAACUAUGCCUGUUUUAUCGGACAUAAAAAAAUACAGAAGUGUUUUACAAAAUGAUGACACCAAUACAACAUUGGGCAUGACUCUACCCGGAAGUUCUCCGAAAAUAGGCGGAGAUAAAACGGAAAAUACCGAGCGUUAUUGCAGUGGUGAUUCUAGUCAAGUAGGAAAAGAGGAAAGUGUUACAGAAAAGUCAAACGCUGGUGAUAGUGAAACGAGAACUGACUUCAAGUCAUCAGAACCAACCGUUUAUGAACACAGCGACGAAUGUGACGAUGACAGUGCAGACGAUAAUGAACCGAUAACUAACUUACAAUCCUCAGAACCGACCAUCUAUUUUCAAAAUGGCAGUGUAAGGAAUGAACGCAACGAUGAAAGUGACGAUGACAGUGCAGACGAUAAUGGAACGAGAACUGACUUCCAAUCCUCAGAACCGACCGUCUAUAUUCAAAAUGGUAGUGUAAAGAAUGAACUUAACGACGAAAGUGACGAUGAGAGUGCCGAUGAAAAUGAAACUGUUGAGUAUAGUCCUGACUUACAAACAUCUGAACUGAACUUUUACAUUCAGAACGGAAGCAUCGUGGACGGAGAAGACGAUAAAAGUGAUAUUUCCAAUGUGUUGGCGGAGUAUUCCGACGAUUCUGAGGUGUUGGCGGAGUAUUCCGACGAUUCUGAUGUUGUUAAUGAAGACUAUAAUGUUUGUGCUAGUAAAGACGACAUAGUAUUUAACGCGAGACAACCGAAUGACCCGCCGUCUACACUAAGAACCCCAUCGUACAUUGACAAUAUCUUAAGGCUUAGCAGAACGGAUCUAAAUCAUGUCGGCGCAGAACUGAAGGAAGCGAAAACAAACGAUAGUUUUGAAAUUGAUAAUGAAAAUGACAGAAAGCAAAACAUAUCAUUUGAUAGUGUAGAAAUGACAACAGUCGACGAGGGCGAUGAUAUUGUUAAUGGCGAUGUUACGUUAGAAAACGAUUCGAGCUAUAUACCUCAAAGGAAGGUCAACAUGUAUUCUGUGAUUAACGAAUUCAAGGAUAAUGACACACUAAAACGUCAAUCAAAUCUGUGCACGUGCAUCAAUUUACACACGCGCGAGGAUUCACAUGAUGAUGAUAACACUAAUACACAAACGAAGGGUGUGGACGAUCAGUGUGACGUCAGGAAUGUACUACCAACUGACAGAACGGCCGCCUUACAUACCAAACCCAGAGCUCGUACAGGUGAGAUUGUAAGUAAAGGCAAAAGUCGUUUGAAGACUGACAAGAAAAAUGAACAAAUACAACAGAUAGGUGGGAUAAACUGUUCCAGAAUCAACGUUUCACCUGUGGCCAUUGGAAAUAAAUGCACUGAUGUAGAUUCGUCCAUUAAUAACACGCCAACGAGGUCUCAUGUCACCUUUGAUAAACCGCGAGCAGACGAUAAAUUCAUCGAAGCGUGGCCGACUCCAGGCGAAAGGGAUAAACCUGAAGAUCACGUGGCCUUAACGAAUAAUACAUCGCCACAGGUAGAAUCAAAACACUGCAGUACUCCGACAGACGUCGUACCUGACGGAUUUUCAUCCCAUUCGGAUUUUAACGGUGGUUUUUCGCGAGGUAUAGACAAUAUGCCUGAAAGAUCUGCAGGUACAAGUAAUAAUUUUUCUGAAAUCUCAGAAUAUACAGGAGGGAAAAAAGUGACGACAAGAACUUCGACGACGGACGUCAAUAUGAAUGAAACAUCCGAGGAGGCGAAACAGACAUUGAAUAUACUGGCCGAGGCAAUGUCAAAACUUAACGGCGAUAACAAUGACGAUAUCCUACCCGAGAUCAAACAGUCUGUCGCCAAACUAGACGGUGGUAACCUGGUUAUAACGACCUUGACCCGGAAAAUUAUUGAGGAGGAAGAGGCGGUGUCGUCCGGACGGGGAACUCCCCUUCCGGAUUAUAAUGACGUGUUCUAUGUUAGGGACCAUAAGGGCAAUGUUUACAUGGUGGAGGAUUUGACGGAGGACUCUCAAGAAAGUGCUUACUACAGUUCAUCUAAUGUCAGCCAGGAAAAUGAUUAUAAUAGAAUACACAAUCUACGAUCAAUCGGCCAGACUAACAUUGACCACUCCACAGCCGAAGAGGUUCUUCUAGGGUUGUACAACCAGGGCCGGAGUACCGUCCAAAUCGAGGAGAUCGACGAGAACGAAAAGCAACUUGUCGUUCAUAAAGGUAAUACAGCGGCCAGCUUACAGAACCAGUAUUCUACCGAUAGCUCCUUUAACAAGCAGAGUUCUAAAUACGAGUACGACACGUGCAAUGGCGCCCCACAGGUACAAGCCACGGGAGGACCACGCUCCACCUCAAAAAUCAAGACUAUCAAACAAUGUUAUGAGAUGACCACAGAUGGCAGAAACAACAAAGAUGGACAACCUAGUGAAGAGGAUAUCAAAAUGGAGACGGAGGAAACGUCAACAAUCAAGAAUAUGGACAGUUCUGGAUGUAAAACCAUGUCAUCUAGCUUCCGGUAUCAGACCGACGCUAGUCUGUUACCGCAAGUCCAACAGGAAGUCCAAGUUAUGCUUCCUCCUCCCAUGAUACUACCUCCGGUGCAGCCAAAGUUGGUGCAGCUGGACAUGACACCGAUACUUCCGGUCAGACAGGAACUGCCAUUGAUGACUACAGUUCCUGUAACGACAACUAAAGUUACUGAGAGUACCAGUGAUAGGAUCGUAACUAGUACUGAGGAUAACGACGCUAAAAUGAAACUUUCUGAACACGGAAGGCCCGUGUACAAAUCGGUAGCUCUCGUGAAGGGACCAUAUGAAGCUCCAAAAUGGCAAGUAACGAAAACCAAACACGAAAAAGUAAAUGAAGAUAAUGAGGAUUCUAAACGUUACAAAAUCGUCAGAUCACACGCGUCUAACGAAACACAACAACGGGAACUGUCGUUUCAGAACUCCUCGUCGAUGUUUCAUAAGGUAAGCGGUUCUAUGAACAGAGGAGCCGUGAACGAGAGCCAGAACAUGUACAAGAGUGAACAAGUGAUUCAUAUGAACGGUGGUCCAGUUGUGGAGCCUAAGAUCCACCGGACUCGGAUAGACGUAUCCUCGCCCCCACUUCCUCGUAUGGAUUACGGUGAUCGGGAUGCAUGCGAAUAUUCAGAAUCAAAUAGGACUAUCACAACGCAAAAACUUCAGUCGGAACCGGGAUUUCCCGCUCGAGUACCAUCGCCACCUAGGUUUUCAGCUUCCACGGCCGAGAAAGAUAUGAUGGUUGUUCGCGGGAAUAUUCUCAUCAAAAACACGAUGGAUCAGGGAUUAGAACAGUUUAAUGACAACAUUAAUAUGUUCAGUAAGGGAUUCAAUAUGUGUAAACAGAACCCUCUUUAUCAGAGCGAUGAGGAUUUACAGAGACGUCUAGCCGAGGAGGAGGAGAGGGAGCGAACACGUCAAAUGAACCAGGAGCUCGCCUUCGAGACCUGUGAUCGAUACUCAAAGUCUAAACACGUCAAAAGAGACCAGCCACCGGCGGGCCGACAGCAUUUGACAAGCCAGCUUCUCCUAUCUAAACUCUCUAACAUCGACGUAAAGGACAUCCGCCAGCACAUCGACGUACAACACCACAAUGAAGAUAUAUACGGCGACGCCCGCUUCAUGCACGCCGACGGAAGUUCGACUCAGGAAGGCGCCAAUAACUUUGAUUCCGUCAACGAGAAUAUCGACCUGGUGAUGCGUGGCGGUAAGGCGUACAUCACCAUCACGGUCACGGCGGAGAGGUACACUCCCAUUGACAAGGAGUUCAACGUUUGGCGGAAAAGUCAGGCGGUCGUCACAAGGGUGAUCGAGAUUGACUUCCUCGCCAACGAGCAGCGAAGACGAUUGUACAUGAGUGUGAUGGAAAGGGCGGGAGAAUGUGAAGGCGAGGCCGACCGCAAUGGUUGUAGCUCUCGGGGUCAAGAACGUGUGCUUUCAACAAAAGAAACCCUUGAUUUGUUUUCUGAAAUAAUGGAUGCUACAGAAGGGGAGGGGGACCUCGAGGAUAUUACUGUAAAAACAAAACAACACAGAACAACACUCCCCCCUCACGACUUCCUUUACUGAGAGUCUAGCCCUCCCCCUCACGACUUUCUCUACUGAGAGUCUAGUCCCCCUCACGACUUCCUCUACUGAGAGUCUAGCCCUCCCCCUCAUGACUUCCUCUACUGAGAGUCUAGUCACCCCUCACGACUUCCUCUACUGAGAGUCUAGCCCUCUCCCUCAUGACUUCCUCUACUGAGAGUCUAGUCACCCCUCACGACUUCCUCUACUGAAAGUCUAGCCCUCUCCCUCAUGACUUCCUCUACUGAGAGUCUAGCCCUCCCCCUCGCAACAUUCUCUACUGAUAGUCUAGCCCUCUCCCUCAUGACUUCCUCUACUGAGAGUCUAGCCCUCCCCCUCGCAACGUUCUCUACUGAGAGUCUAGCCCUCCACCUCAUGACAUUCUCUACUGAGAGUCUAGCCCUCCACCACCUCACGACUUCCUGUACUGAGAGUCUAGCCCUCCCUCCUCACGAUUUCCUCUACUGAGAGUCUAGCCCUCCACCUCACGACUUCCUCUACUGAUAGUCUAGCCCUCCCCCUCAUGACAUUCUCUACUGAGAGUCUAGCCCUCCACCACCUCACGACUUCCUCUACUGAGAGUCUAGCCCUCCAGCUCACGACUUCCUGUACUGAGAGUCUAGUCCUCCCCCCUCACGACUUCCUGUACUGAGAGUCUAGCCCUCCACCUCACGACUUCUUGUCCUGAGAGUCUGGUCCCCCCUCACGACUUCCUGUACUGAGAGUCUAGCCCUCCCUCCUUACGACUUCCUCUACUGAGAGUCUAGCCCUCCCUCUCACGACUUCCUCUACUGAGAGUCUAGCCCUCCACCACCUCACGACUUCCUCUACUGAGAGUCUAGCCCUCCCCCUCGCAACGUUCUCUACUGAGAGUCUAGCCCUCCCUCCUCACGAUUUCCUCUACUGAGAGUCUAGCCCUCCACCUCACGACUUCCUCUACUGAUAGUCUAGCCCUCCACCUCAUGACAUUCUCUACUGAGAGUCUAGCCCUCCACCACCUCACGACUUCCUGUACUGAGAGUCUAGCCCUCCACCACCUCACGACUUCCUGUACUGAGAGUCUAGCCCUCCCUCCUCACGACUUCCUCUACUGAGAGUCUAGCCCUCCCUCCUCACGACUUCCUCUACCGAGAGUCUAGCCCUCUCUCCUCACGACUUCCUCUACUGAGAGUCUAGUCCUCCCUCCUCACCACUUCCUGUACUGAGUGUACAGGUUUCAAAGAUGGGCCGUGCAGCAGCGUGAAAAAUGUAGCUAAGUGCGAGAUUUUUAGAUUUGCAAUGUGACACGAUAACACAUAGAUAUUAGCAUAUACUUUCACCACGUAAAAGACUAUCACGUGUUUCGUGGACUGAAGCCUAGUGUUCGAAUUCCAAAAUAUCACAAGUGUGGCAGCAUAUCUUCUACUCUGAGAAGUUACCUUCUGGGCUUUACACAUCCAGUAUAGUCAUGGUUUUAACUGGAAAAUGUUGUCAACUGAAGCUCUACAAGUGGUUGCUAGAGUUAAAUAUGUAUCGUUUGGUGAUAACGUGGCGAUAUUCUGUGGGCACAAUUACUUAAAUGGUUUUCGUUGAGGAGUAAUUUCGGCCAUGUUAAGUGAUUUGCGUGUGUUCUCUUGACCACGUCGCCACGACAGAUAUCAAACCGGUCUAAUAUUGGGUUGUCAUAGAUGAUACGAGAUAGGAAACACUUAUAAUCUAUUUUGUCUCUCCGGUCACUUGUCUGAUUAAAUUAUCCACGACGUACCGUGUACAUCAUAAGGCUUAUGACGAUACGAUCACAUCCCUCCAGGCCUCGCGUAAUCCUGACCCUAAAAGGUCAGUCCUUUCCUAUUCUCAGGACAAGUCGAGUGGAGAGGAAAUCAGAAAUAACACAAUGCACGACCUAUGUAGACCUACAUGCUGAUUCUGGUGAAAUAACGGCAGCAGGGAUGUUGAUGUUCAAGGACGGUACCUCUAUAUAUCUUAAGAUGUUUCCUUAAGGUGUCUGAUGUCAAAUUAAAAGUUGACAGUUAUGUAAUUAUAAAGAAGUGUGGGUAGACGGGCGAUCAUGCGCGUAUGUAUCGUGUUAUUAAUAGAUUAUUGUUUGUGACAGACGAGAAAUGCGGGGUCUUAUAUCUUAGUGUUCUGUACCUUUCUUACUCACGUGACCACAUGUCAGAACAGGUGUUGUGUACGUAAACAAUUUACAUAUGAUAUACCUGAUUUCCGGAUUGGUGAGGUCAGUUGUAUACUGCCGAUUUAGAUAUAAACAUGGUUAUAUAUAUAUAUAUAUAUAUAUCCGGACUGAUGUGGUCACUUAGGUGCUAAGUCAGUUCAAAUAUAAACAUGAAGAAUUGCAUUUCCUUAAAGUGUUUUAAGGUUACACGUGUUUGACAUGUAUAUGCUAAUUUGUAAUGUAAACAUUGACAAAGCAUUUGUGAUUGUACAGCAUUCAUACUUUUUAUUUAUCGAAUUAUGUAUAUUACCUGUCUGACUUGUUUCCGCUAACUGUAUGUUCCAUGACGUUCAGCCAUCGGCUAAUCUACUGGUGAAGUCUGCCUUACACGAACGAAGAGAGGGGUAAUGAUUCAUUGUGAAAACUCGUCCUGUAUGGAGGUGAAGAAACAUUUAUUAUCUUGCAUUUUUAAAUGCUUAGGUCUUGAUGACCGGUCACGUGUUCAGAAUCUGUUACCACGACAUACUAGACAAAUAUAUGCCUUUAUUUUGUUCAUAUGGCGGUGAUGUAAGCAUAAAUUGUUGUUUCUACCAGAAUAUUUCUGUUAUAAACCCAUUUAAAAUGACGCGUGUAUUUUUUUUUUUUUUUUUACUGUUUUUUUGGUUUUUUUUUUGUCUGGCACGGUGCCAUUAGAUUAUGAACCAAAGAUUACAGUACACUUUGUUGCUGUUUGAUCAUAAGUAUCAAGACUAUUUAAACGUUACGAAGUUUGUGAAACCAGGGUCAUGUGACCAUACAAGCUACUUACUUAAUAUACAAGAAUGGCCAAAACGUAUUCCACAAGACAGAGUGACAAGGGACGAAUUAUAAUAUCUUACUGGAAUUUGAACAACAGAACUUGACAAAUGUGUGGCAGAAAAAACAAAUUGUCAUCACAACAGCUUAAAACACAACCACCGGAACUUGAUAUAUAAUAUGUCUUAUAUAAAGAUACGUCUUAUAUGAAUAGGGCACGUAUGGAUAUGUUUUGUAAAUAAAUGUCAUGCCGUACGUAUACAUGUUAAAUACUCGUAUAUGUCUAUAGAUAAGUCAUGUAUAGACAGUCUUGUAUAGAUAAGACAUGUCUUAAUAUAGAUAUGUCAUGUAUAGACAGUCUUGUAUAGAUAAGACAUGUCUUAAUAUAGAUAUGUCAUGUAUAGACAGUCUUGUAUAGAUAAGACAUGUCUUAAUAUAGAUACGUCACGUAUAAACAGUCUUAUAUAGUCAUAUAUAGGUAUGUCUAUAUAUAGAUACGUGUAAAUGUGUAAUAAAAAUGUCAUGUAUAGAUGUCUUGACCCUGUCAGACUAAACCCUGGUUCCGUGGUCAGUGGACCUGGUCGUUACCGUCUGGGCCUUCAAUGUGUUUUCCUCGGUUUUAUUGAUUGAUAUACAUUCACAUUAUAUAAAAUACACGUUAUGUCGUAAACACCAGAUUCUGUUUCCUUUCCUCUUGAUUUUUCGUUGAUAAAGCAGUCAAGCAGUUAAAAAACGUUAUUGUUGGUAACAUAUAGCUUUAAAGCUGCUGUUUACCAGUGAAAUAUCGAUUUGAUAAAAUCUGCGAGGAAAAUAUAGGAAAUGCGUAUCUAUACUCGAUAAAUCAUUAAUUUGAUAGAACUAUGACUAAGGUCCGAAGCUGUAGAUUUUAUUUGGUUGUACAUGAAGCGACGUUGGAAUAAAUUGUUUUGGUACAGACACACUGAGGUAUUUGUUUCACUACAUACUUACUUACUUAGUAUAAAAAACAAAUGCAUGUACUGUAAAUAAAAAAUAUUAAUGUGUCCUCGUAUUUCACAAGUAUGACAGAGCAUACCAAUGUUAUCGAUGUACAUGUCAUACUGCUGAGAUAUGUAUGGUAUUGAAUGUUUAAAACUAUUACAUUUAUUAUUUUGUGUAAUGUAUAUGAUGAUUACCAAAGCAUCUUUGUGACAAAAAUGUUGAACUUUACAUCGUUAGUUUUUACUGUCAGAUAUGUUGUUACUUAAUCUGAUAUACGGGGUUCAUGACUUUGUCUUACUUAUGUAAAUCACGGUGCAAUAUCAUACAUUUACGAGUAUUUGUGGUCUAUAUUGUAUAUACAUUUACCAUGUACGUACAUACCAAAGUCUUGACCAGAUGUGACAUUAAUAUAAAAUACUGUGAUCUUGACCGGAUGUUACAUGUACAUAUACAUAACCGAGACUUGACCGGAUGUACCAACCACAUGUACGUAUAUAUGUAUGUAACAGGGACUUGACCGGAUGUAACAGUUACAUGUACGUAUACAUAACCGAGACUUGACCGGAUGUACCAACCACAUGAACGUUUAUAUGUUCGUAACAGGGACUUGACCGGAAGUAGCAGUUUCAUGUACGUAUAUAUGUUCGUAACGGGGACUUGACCGGAAGUAACAGUCAAUGGUACGUAUACAUAGCCGAGACUUGACCGGAUGUAACAGUUCAUGUACGUAUAUAUGUAUGAACAGGGACUUGACCGGAUGUAAAAGUUUCAUGAACGUAUAUAUAACCGGGACUUGACCGGAAGUAACAGUUACAUGUUCGUCACCUGGACUUGACCGGAUGUAACAGUUACAUGUAACCGGAUCUAUUGAUAUACGUGUAUGUACAUAUUUAAAAAUUUAGUUGAAAUUUAAGUAAUGGGGAGUACAUAGAGAUAUAGACUGUGCUUUCAUUUAUAAUUAUAUCGUAAUCAAAAUCAGAUUGAAUGACACAGGUGCUGUUACUUAUAUUUUGUGUGCCUAGCUAUACCAUGUAUAUACAUAUACGUGCCUUUAUACAGCAAUAAAAUCAUAACACUUAA